UACCAUUUCGAUGGUUUUUCAAACUUCCAAUUUCGCCUUCACCUCCUCUUUAUAUAUAUAUAUAUAUAUAUUCCGGACACCAACCCAGCCCCUUCAAGUUCCCUGCCGGAGGUUUUACUUUAUUCCCUGUCCAAUUCUCUAAUUUUAUACAAGAAUUUCAGGAAGAAGAAGAUACAAGACACAGCUCUCUUAAUUCUUCUUUUCUUCGUUUUUCCCUAUCUCAGCCGGUAAUUUCUGUUCCAAGGUUUUGAAUCCGGGGUUUUCAACUUCAUCCUAGUUUCUUCAUUUGUGGGUUUUCUUUUCUAGGGCUGAAUUUGUGUUUCGGUCGGUACCUCAUCAUUUCUUUUUUGUUCGGCCCUUUUCUGUAAUAUGGAGAGGUUGUCGGCGGUGGCUUCAGCUGCUUCUUCACUGCCGGAGAGGACGACGAUGGCCUCGGCGACGUCUGGGUAUGUGAGCUGGUAUGAGGAUUUCAUCUCUAGUCAUAAAGGGAGAAGAGAAGUUCGUUAUUAUCUGAAGCGCAGCGAUGGGAGCUUAGAUCUGGCCGUCGUGGGGAAGGAGAAGAGCCUAAGGCAUAUGUCUUAUCACUAUGCUUUGCAGAAUCGGUUCCUUAAUUCAGUGGGGCUGUUUUUAUCGCGCACGAAGCUCAAGUCUCGCAGAGAGGUCGUUGAGUGGCUAAGCUCUGUUGUUUCUGAUUCCCAACGUAAAACAUCACAACCAUCUGAUCGAAUAAUGGGCAAAGAAGGUGCAGAUGCCAGCCCAUCGAACACAGAACCCUUGAAGGAUGUUCAACCAUUAAGAUUGGGUCAAUAUACAAGAGAUUUUUCAUGGAUAGGAUGUCCUUGGACAUGUAAGCGUAAGCGCAGGCAUUAUCCAUCUUUCAAUCGGAAUGGCAUUAAGAUCUCAGUUCAUGACUUUGUAUAUGUCUUGGCUGAGGAAGGCAAGCGUCUUGUUGCGUACUUGGAGGAUAUGUAUGAGGACUGUAGAAGCAACAGGAUGGUUGUGGUACGGUGGUUUCACAAAAUUGAUGAGGUUGAUAUUGAUUUGCCACACAAUUUUAAUGACAGAGAGAUUUUCUUUUCUCUUUGUCUUCAAGAUCUCAGUAUUGAAUGCAUAGAUGGGUUGGCGACUGUUCUUAGUCCCCACCAUUUUCAGAAGUUCCAGAACGAGGCGAAAAUUACUCAAUUGGAGCCAUAUGUAUGUGUGAAGCAAUUUGAUAAUGAUGAUAUCAAACCCUUCGAUAUUACACAGGUUAAAGGCUAUUGGAAGCAAGAGAUACUCAGAUACAUGUAUGCUCUUUCUUCUUCAAAAGCUCAAGGUCACCCUCAACACUUAGAAGAUGACAUAAGUGCUGAGAUGAGACCUCGAAAGAGGCAUCGGCGAUUGAAUAAUGAGGACCCUCUAAAUAAUGAGAAGAGACAGCCGGUUAAUGUGUCUCCUUCUCUUGAUGUGCACAGUUCAAGCCAUAACUUGGUUGGUUUUAAACGCAGUGAUAUUAUCUUCAGUCCAAAAGGGGGCUGUGCUUCUAAAACUUUUAUAGGUAAAGAGUUGAAGAACAACUCUUCUACAAGUCAGUUAACUUUUGGAUCGGAGAUUGAAGUUCUCUCACAAGAUAGCGGCAUUAGAGGGUGUUGGUUCAGAGCUUCAAUAAUCAAGAAGCGCAGAGACAAGGUCAAGGUGCAAUAUUGCGAUCUUCAGGAUGCCAGUGAUGAAUCAAACAAGCUUGUGGAAUGGCUUUCAGCAUCUAGAGUUGCAGGCCCUGAUCAAUUGGGUCUACGCUUCAAUGGAAGACUAGUUAUUCGUCCAUAUCCUGGUAAGGGUACCGAAGGCUUCGCGGUUUAUAAUGUUGGGACAAUUGUUGAUGUAUGGUGGCAUGAUGGUUGGUGGGAAGGAAUUGUUGUUCAGAAGGAAUGUGAAGACAAGUUGCGAGUUUACUUACCAGGUGAAAAGAAAGAAGCGGUUUUUGGCACAGCAGACUUGAGGCAUUCUCAAGAAUGGUUUGGAAACCGGUGGAUGCAAAUGCAGGAACGGCCAGAUAUUGCAACCUCCAUUCCAUCUCGAGGUGCGAAUGAAGACCUCCCUGAUAAGGUGUCUUCUGAAGGCAAGUUGGCAUUGUUGACCCGAGUUGAGAUUUGUGAUAGCAAAGCAGCACGGGAAGGACGAAGUCAAACAAGUGAGCCUCGAGCGAACUCGAAUGCUGAUAAGGCUAGAGAAGUGUGCAUGGUACGAGAUCUGUUGAAGGACGGUUCACUUGCGAAAUUGCGGUGGACAGGAUCGAAAAAGAGAAGCCAACCCAGCAGCAGCAGCAGUAGCAACGCAUUUGGGAAGCGUGUUGAAGAUGCAAGUAAAUCCUUUCCUUCCCCAUUAGCUUGUUUGAGUGGUUGUGAUAGAUUUACGAUGGGAAGCUCCAUGAAAGUUGUAGAUCACGAUAACUGUAAGUACCUGGGGGAGUCUAUGUUCACCACAUCGGUUGUGCCUCCUCUCUCAAGCUUGGUAAUGUCAAGAUGAUGAUGAUGAUGAUGAUGAUGAUGAUUGGGAUUGUUUUUUGGUUAUUGCUUUUGUUCUAAUCAUUUCUUUGACAAGUUAAAUUUAUUUUAGUGUUUUGUUAUAGUGGCGGUGCAUCUAUUGGAUGCUUUCUUUUGUAUUCUGGGGUAGGCUUAGAAAUGUUAACCGUAGGGGGAGACCUGUUGCCCUUCAAUCUUGAUCUGAAUGUAUAUGUAUUAUAUAUAUUAUUAUAUGAAAUGAAAUGAUAGUGCCUAAUGGAGCCCUUUGUC